AAUUAUUUGAAUAUAGUGAAGAAAAUUAUAUUAAAGCACUAACUACUCUUGAAAAGGAAGUUACAGAACAAUAUAGUAAUGAAAAUGAAGAAGAUUUCGAAACAGCUUUUGAAAUUCAAGAAAUAUCCUGA